AUGAGUGAUACUCAAUCGCUUCCCCAGAUUCAGGACGAGCCUACGGAAUUAAGUUUCGUAGGCUCGGACAAUUCGCUCAGCCAUUGGCCGCAGGAUCUCGUUUCUCUUGGCCCUUUGAUGGACCAAGAAGAUGUCCUUGGCUUGGCUAUGAACUCCGCACCUACAGCUGUGGACGACUUCUCCGACUUUGACUUCGCAGCGCCGAUUAUCGGGAUGGAUUCGCAUCUCAGCGAUGUCGAAGCAGCUCAGUUCGAUCUCUCAUCCUCGCCUGUAUCUCUUCUCGAUCUUCCUGAAUCCGCAUAUGAGGUGAUUCCAGGAUAUGUAUCGCUCUCUGGCUCCCCAGACCCCACAUCCACUCUAUAG